CGUAAAACGAAGUAAACCUUGUUUACAUUUCGAUUGUGUUUUGGUUCUUUAAAAGAAAUGUGCUAUUACUGUUUUACUUGUUAUAUCUUAUUUAUUUUGUAUAAAUAUCAUAGAAAAUAUUACUCCAUGUUUCAUACAAUAGUGUUUUAUUCUAUCGCCGUAUUUUAGUGUCGCUAAUGUUGAUAAUAAUAAAAUAAUAUUAUAACAUUCAUAAAUAAUAAUUGACAUUUUCUUAGAUCACAUGCACUAAAUGUUAUCAUCCAAAAAAUAUGAAUAAUUAAUUAUUAUAUUUCAAUAAUCCAAGUGUAUUAUUUACACACAAAAACAGACAUUUUAUGGUAUUAUGGAUAACAUUUACAAAUAUGAUAGGGAACGGUUAUUUUUUCAUGAACUUCUAAAAGAUAUCCAGGAAGAUAUUCAUUUUUUAAAUGAUUUUCCAGGCAAAGUUUACAUAACUUUAACGGAACAUUUAAAAAAUGUGAAUGGUAGAGUACCUGAUCCAUUUAAACCAGAAGAACUUAUUAAGAUGGAAGAAUGCAUAAAAAAUGCAGUAAAAGACCUGACCGACCUUGAUCUUAACACUUAUCUUUGUACUGGAGUUGUUGUUCUAUCAGAAUAUUUAGAUUCCCCAGAGGAUUUGUUUUAUUAUAUCGGAAAAUCAAAGAAACACAUGUAAUCUGUUCUUCAUGCCUUAUUAAAAAUUGAUUUAAAAUCACUA